AUGGCGGCGGCGGCAGCUCCGGUUCCCAGCGGGUUCCAGUUCGCCAUCGAUCGCGGCGGGACCUUCACCGACGUCUUCGCCCGGUGCCCCGGCGGCCGCGUUCGUGUCCUCAAGCUGCUCUCCGAGGACCCUGCUUACGAUGACGCCCCCACCGAGGGGAUCCGCCGCGUCCUGGAGGAGGAGACAGGGGUGCCAGUGCCACGGGACCAGCCCUUGGACACCUCUGGCAUCGAAUGGAUCCGCAUGGGCACCACGGUGGCCACCAACGCGCUGCUGGAGCGCCAGGGUGAGCGCCUGGCACUGCUGGUGACCCGCGGCUUCCGCGACCUCCUGCACAUCGGCAGCCAGGCCCGGCCCCACAUCUUUGACCUGGAGGUGGCAGUGCCAGAGGUGCUGUACGAGGAGGUGAUCGAGGUGGACGAGCGGCUCAUCCCACACCAGCCCGGCUGUCAGCUCCCGGGCACCGAGGCCAUGCCGCUGCUGCAAGGCUCGACGGGAGGUGCCCUGCAGGUGCAGCGCCCGCUGGACCUUGCAGCGCUGCGGCGGGAGCUGGAGCGGGUGCUGGCACGGGGCAUCACCAGUCUGGCUGUGCUGCUGCUGCACUCCUAUGCCUGGCCUGGGCAUGAGGAGCAAGUCGGGGCACUAGCACGGGAACUGGGCUUCCAGCACGUGUCGCUGUCAUCGGCGGUGGCGGGCAUGGUGCGGGCAGUGCCACGCGGGUACACAGCCUGCGCAGAUGCCUACCUCACUCCCUGCAUCCACCGCUACCUGCGCAGCUUCCGUGCCGGCUUCACUCACCAGCUGCAGGAGGUGCCGGUGCUGUUCAUGCGCUCGGACGGGGGCCUGACGCCCAUGCAGCACUUCAGCGGUGCCCGCGCCAUCCUGUCGGGCCCGGCGGGCGGCGUGGUUGGCUACGCUGUCACCACCCCCCGUGCCCACGCCCAGCCCGUCAUCGGCUUCGACAUGGGAGGGACUUCGACCGACGUCAGCCGCUUUGCGGGCGCCUACGAGCACGUCUUCGAGGCCACCACCGCUGGCAUCAGCAUCCAGGCACCGCAGCUCGACAUCAACACCGUGGCGGCUGGGGGGGGCUCCCGCCUCUUCUUCAGGUCCGGGCUCUACGUGGUUGGCCCUGAGUCAGCGGGUGCCAACCCUGGCCCAGCCUGCUAUCGCAAAGGGGGCCCGCUGACCGUCACUGAUGCCAACCUGUGCCUGGGCCGCCUGCUGCCCGAGUUCUUCCCACACAUCUUCGGGCCAGGCGAGGACCAGCCCCUGUGCCGUGAGACAGCGGCGCGGGCAUUCCGCGAGCUGGCUGCCACCAUCGACGCCUUCCGCGCCAGUGCCACCACCACGUGCCAGCCGCUCUCGGUGGAGGAGGUGGCCAUGGGCUUUGUGCGGGUGGCCAACGAGGCCAUGUGCAGGCCCAUCCGUGCCCUGACACAGGCUCGGGGCCACGACACCACCCGCCACGUACUGGCCUGUUUUGGGGGCGCGGGCGGGCAGCAUGCCUGUGCCAUCGCCCGUGCCCUGGGCAUGGCCCGCGUCUUCAUCCACAAGUACAGCGGGGUGCUGUCGGCCUACGGGCUGGCACUGGCAGAUGUGGUACACGAGGCACAGACCCCUUGUGCCCUCCGCUACGAGCCGGCUGCCUUCGCUCAGCUGGACGAGCGCAUCGCCGUGCUGGAGCGCCAGUGCCAGGAGGCACUGCGGGCACAGGGCUUCACCGGGGAUCAGAUCCACACGGAAGCCUUCCUGCACCUGCGCUAUGAGGGCACCGACUGCUCCCUGAUGUGCUCUGCCAAGGGGCACCCACCCACUGACAGCUCCUGCCGUGCUGGUGACUUCCACGCUGCCUUCACCAGCCGGUACCAGGUGGAGUUUGGCUUCACCAUCCCGCAGCGCCCAGUGCUGGUGGACGACGUCCGGGUGCGGGGCACCGGCACCAGUGGCAUCUGCUGCGAGACCCCCAUGGCACCCAGCGGGAAACCACCCCGCGUGGAGACGGUGACCCAGUGCUACUUCGAAGGGGGGUACCUGGAGACCCCUGUGUUCCUGCUGCAGGACCUGGCCUGUGACCACAGCAUCCCUGGCCCCGCCAUCCUCAUCGACCAGAACAGCACCAUCGUGGUGGAGCCAGGCUGCACUGCCAGCCUCACUCCCUUUGGUGACAUCUCCAUCGAUGUGGGCUCAGGCCCCCCCCAGGCCGUGGGCCCCCACCUGGACCCUGUCCAGCUCUCCAUCUUCUCCCACCGCUUCAUGAGCAUCGCAGAGCAGAUGGGCCGCAUCCUGCAGCGCACAGCCAUCUCCACCAACAUCAAGGAGAGGUUGGACUUCUCCUGUGCGCUCUUUGGGCCGGACGGGGGGCUGGUGUCCAACGCCCCCCACAUCCCUGUCCACCUGGGGGCCAUGCAGGAGACUGUCCAGUUCCAGAUCCGGAACCUGGGUGAGGACCUUCAUGCAGGGGACGUCAUCCUGAGCAACCACCCCUGCGCGGGGGGCAGCCACCUCCCUGACCUCACUGUCAUCACCCCUGUCUUCUGGCCAGAUGUCCCCAAGCCGGUGUUCUUCGUGGCCAGCCGCGGGCACCAUGCCGACAUCGGGGGCAUCACACCUGGCUCCAUGCCACCCCACUCCAAGGCACUGUGUGAGGAGGGCGCCGUCUUCGUGUCCUUCAAACUGGUGAAGGAUGGAGUCUUCCAGGAGGAGGCUGUGACAGAGGCGCUGCUGUCCCCGGGCCACAUCCCAGGCUGCAGUGGGAGCAGGAACCUGCAGGACAACCUCUCGGACCUGCGGGCACAGGUGGCUGCCAACCAGAAGGGCAUCCAGCUGGUGACCGAGCUCAUCUGCCACUACGGACUGCCUGUCGUCCAGGCCUACAUGGCCCACAUCCAGGCCAACGCUGAGGUGGCUGUCAGGGAGAUGCUGAAGGACUUUGCUGCACGCUGGGGCACGGCGGUGGAGGCCGAGGACUUCAUGGAUGAUGGGACACCCAUCCGGCUGCGGGUGCAGGUGGACCCCCAGGAGGGCAGUGCCACCUUUGAUUUCUCGGGCACGGGGACAGAGGUUUAUGGCAACUGCAACGCCCCGCGUGCGAUCACCCUCUCUGCCCUCAUCUACUGCCUGCGCUGCAUGGUGGGACAGGACAUCCCGCUCAACCAGGGCUGCUUGGCCCCGGUCCGGGUGCUGAUCCCCAAGGGCUCCAUCCUGGACCCCUCCUCCGAGGCUGCCGUGGUGGGGGGCAACGUCCUGACCUCCCAGCGCGUGGUGGACGUCAUCUUCAGAGCUUUUGGGGUCUGUGCCGCCUCCCAGGGCUGCAUGAACAACGUCACCUUCGGCUCGGCCCGGGGGGGCUACUACGAGACGGUGGCAGGGGGCGCAGGGGCCGGCCCGCACUGGGGUGGUCGCAGCGGAGUGCACAGCCACAUGACCAACACCCGCAUCACCGACCCCGAGAUCCUGGAGCUGCGGUACCCGGUGGUGCUGCAGCGCUUCGAGCUGCGCCGGGGGUCGGGGGGCGCCGGCCAGCAACGGGGGGGCGAUGGCGUGGUGCGGGAGCUGCUGUUCCGGGAGCCCCUGGAGCUGGCGGUGCUGAGCGAGCGCCGAGCGCGGCCCCCCUACGGCCUCAGGGGGGGCAGCCCAGGAGCCCCAGGACUCAACCUGCUGCUGCUCCGUGACGGACGAACCAUCAACCUGGGGGGCAAGACCUCAGUGCCCGUGAAACCAGGGGAUGUCUUCCGCCUGCUGACCCCCGGUGGGGGUGGCUUUGGGGCCCCUGGGGAUGGGGAUGGUGACACUGCGCAGCCUCGAGCACCCCAGAGCUUCGUGGAGCGCGGCAGUGUCUUCGAGUACCGGCGGGCACAGGAGGCUGUUUAA